GCUGCGUUCGUUUCCUACUUUACCAAACUCUCCCAGCUGUUGAACAUCAUAAAAAUCUUUAAACAGCAUCCCGGAGAGAACUCUGAUGAGUUGGAAGUUUUAAAAAAGAUUUCUCAUUUCAAGUGUUGCUUCCACUGUGUCCAAAUACCCAAAAAUCAAUUACAAACACAAGAAACCGCGCGUCUUAAAAGGGACUUCCUGACCUAAAUUUGCAGAAAUGAUUGUGAGAGAGGCUGUAGUGUUGCUAAUUUUGGCGUUUGCCGCCUUAGCGAAGCCAAAAUCAGAAGAGAAGAAGGACAGGGUUUUUGACCGUGAGUUGAGCGAUAAGGAACAUUUUGAAAACGAGCAUCACAACCCUCAGUAUGACCAUGAGGCGUUUUUGGGGGAGGAAGCAAAGACUUUUGACCAGUUACCACCCGAAGAGAGCAAACGACGUUUGGGAUUGAUCGUUGAUAAAAUCGACAAUAACAAGGACGGAUACAUUUCGCGGGAAGAACUGAAAGACUGGAUCCGUUUCACCCAAAAGCGCUACAUUACUGAAGAUGUGGAUCGCCAGUGGAAGCAACACAAUCCCGAAAACGAGGAAUCUAUCCCUUGGGAACGUUACCAGAAACUGGUUUAUGGAUUUUUGGACAGUAUGGACCCUUCGGAAGCGGAGAAAGAUAGCGAAGGGUUUUCCUACAAGCAGAUGUUGAAGCGGGACAGGAGGCGGUGGCAAGUGGCUGAUCUUAACGGUGACGAUGCGCUCACUAAAGAAGAGUUCAUGCAUUUCCUGCAUCCGGAAGAAUCCGACCAUAUGAAAGAUAUCGUGGUCCAGGAAACCAUGGAAGAUAUUGAUAAAGACAGCGACGGGAAAAUAUCUCUCAAGGAAUAUAUUGGCGAUAUGUUCAAAGGGGACGAAAACGAGGAAGAGCCCGAAUGGGUCAACAAUGAAAGGGAACAAUUUAAUACAUAUCGGGACAAGGAUGGCGACGGUUUUAUGGACAAUGAGGAAGUGAAAAAUUGGAUUCUCCCUCCGGAUUUUGACCACGCCGAAGCCGAAGCGCGACAUUUGAUCUUUGAGGCUGAUUCGGACGCCGACGAACAGCUAACAAAGGAGGAAAUUUUGAACAAAUAUGAUUUGUUUGUAGGCUCGCAAGCGACCGAUUUUGGCGAAGCGCUAGCCCGACACGACGAAUUUUAAUGCAUUUUUAGGGAGGGCUUCAAGGGCCAGUCAUAUCGGGAGUCUUCCAAUUUACCAAAAAAUCUCAAUAAAGAUGCUGCUUUCUCUUAUUUUAACUCUUUCCAUGUAUUGGUUCCUUUAUCUCUACGGAUGAAGGGGCGAUUAAGUGUUCUUAAUUUAGUGUGUAUGUUAGUUUGUAAUACUAAAAUUUAUUGUUUAUGGAGAUUAUGUGUAGGUGUUGUAUUUAUGUGCCAUUUCGCUGGCCAAAGCAUUUACUAAUUUAAGACAAUUUCUUUAAGAAUGAGGUCGUUAGCACCGGUCUGAUACUUAACGCGAUGAAUCCUUGGUGCUAAGAUUAUUUUUAUAUUAUACAAAUUUCCCUCUAUCAAUAAAUUAUAAGUUUUA